AUGGGAAUUAUUUCCUCUAAAUUUAGUAAAAAAAUCAAGUCUAUGGAUUCUCAAAGUACACAAAAUAUGCAACCUGAAUUUCGAUACAUUGAUGGUAGAAGAUUUCAUAACAUGGAAAAUGCUAUGUAUCAUUUACCAAAUGAUGAAGAUGAGACAGAUAGGUUACAUUUACAACAUUUCUUAUUAAGAUAUCUCUUUCAAAGUAACUUUUCUGCUCCUGUCAAUCAUAUUUUGUCUAAACCAGGUGCCAAAGUCCUCGAUAUUGGGUGUGGUGCAGGUUCAUGGUCUUUCGAUAUUGCAACCACAUAUCCAUUGGCUAAGGUCGUUGGAUUAGAUAUAUCUCCACACCAACCAACUAUGAUAAAACCUAAAAAUUUUGAAUUCAUUAGAGCAAAUGUUCAUGAAAGAUUACCAUUUGAUGAUAAUACUUUUGAUUUUGUAUUUCAACGAUAUUUAACAGUUGGUCUUAACAAAGAGAAGUGUCCACAAGUAUUUAAUGAGUUGGUUAGAGUUUUAAAACCAGGUGGAUUUUUAGAGUUGUGUGAACCUUCUUCUAUAUUUGAUGCAGGACCAACUACUAAAAAUAUAUGGGAUUGUGAAUACGAAAUAUUAGAAGAGCAAGGCAGUGAUUUUGAUUUAUAUCAAAAGUUAGAAGAAUAUUGUCAAAAUCAAGGUCAAUUAGAAAAUAUUAAAAAAGAAGUUAUACAAUGCUAUUUUGUUAAUGACAAUGUCGAACUUGGUAAAGCGAUUCUCAAUAAUACGAUUUCUGCGUAUGCUUCUCUUAAACCUAUUUUGACAAAAAAAAUGCAAAUUUCUGAUGAAGAAUACGAUAAAUUGAUCAAAACUUCUGAAAAAGAAAUAGUGGAGUAUAAUUCUUAUUAUCUAGCAGUUCGUGUCUAUGCAA